GUGAUUACGACUCUCCGCCAUUUUGAGCAGUGAAACCGGUGCUAUAUUUCCUUCCAAUCCGAGGUGAAUUUCUAACUUACUACGCUCCCAAUCAGCUAUCAACGGCUCCUAUAGACAGGCCCCAGAAAUGGACGGGUCAAGCUAUGGGUUUUCUGUUGAAGGGACGUCUCCCGCACACCCUGUGAACGAGACGGCAAAAAGAGAGGACCUGGCAGCAGAAAUGGGAAGAAAGAAGGACAAGAGAAAGAAGACACUUGUCGCGAACACAAACAUCAAAGCCUCCGCCGCGCCCGACAAGAAGGCUUCCUCACGUCAGCUUGAAAAGAACCAUGCAGGAAAAAAGGACCCGUCAAAAGCACAGGAUUCUGUAAAGACGCCCUCCGUAUGCGGAGAGUGUGGGUACAGGGCGGCUAGAUCUCACCUAGUGAUACAUAUGCGGAAACAUACUGGCGAGAAACCCUACAAAUGUGACCAGUGCGACUAUUCUACUGCACGGAAAAGCAACUUAAACAAACACAUGGCUAGACACGCCGGUAAUAAACCAUACGUAUGUGGAGAAUGCGGAUACAGGACGGAUACCAGGUCUCACCUAGCCCAGCAUGAAAGGAAACAUACUGAAGAAAAACCUUACAGUUGCGAUCAGUGUGACUUUUCUACCAAGUGGAAGCUAAGUCUUAACAACCACAUGGUCGUACAUACUGGCGAGAAACCCUACAUGUGUAAGGAUUGCGGUUUUAGGGCAUCUUACCGAUCAACCCUUACUAAACAUAUGAGAACACACACGGGUAAGAAACUAUUCAAGUAUGACCUAAGCGACAAUUCCAAAGACACGUUUCCCGGGCACACGCAGAAACAAGCAGGUGAAAAACCCUACAUGUGUGAAGAGUGCGGAUACAGGACGGCUGUUAGGUCUGACCUAGCCAGGCAUAAAGUUAAACAUACAGAUGAAAAACCUUACAGUUGCGAUCAGUGUGACUUUUCUACAAAGUGGGAGCUAAGUCUUAACAACCACAUGGUCGUACAUACUGGCGAGAAACCCUACAUGUGUAAGGAUUGCGGUUUUAGGGCAUCUUACAGAUCAACCCUUACUAAACAUAUGAGAACACACACGGGUAAGAAACCGUUCAAGUAUGACCUAAGCGACGAUUCCAAAGACACUUUUGCCGGGCACACGCAGAAACAAGCAGGUGAAAAACCCUACAUGUGUGGAGAGUGCGGAUACAGGACGGCUGUUAGGUCUGACCUAGCCAGGCAUAAAGUUAAACAUACAGAUGAAAAACCUUACAGUUGCGAUCAGUGUGACUUUUCCACCAAGUGGAAGCUGAGUCUUCAUAAUCACAUGGUGAUGCACACUGGAGAUAAGCCCUACAUGUGUGGGGAGUGCGGGUAUAGGACAGCUUACCGGUCAACCUUAACUAAACAUAUGGCAAGACAUACAGGUGUGAAACCCUUCAAAUGUGACCAGUGCGACUAUUCUGCUGCACUGAAAGGCAGUUUAGCACAACACAAGGAUAGACAUGUGAGAAAACAUACAGGUGAGAAACGCCACAAGUGUGACCAGUGCGACUAUUCUACCGCACGGAAAUCUGAUUUGGAACGACACAUGGCUAAUCACGCUGGUAAAAAGCCGUACAUGUGUGGGAAGUGCGGAUACAGGGCAGCUCAGAAAACUCAACUAUCCAGACAUAUGAGAAACCAUAAAAGUGAGAAAUCGUAGAAAUGUAACCACUAGCUGGGAGUAUUGCUCGUCACGGAAAGGCACCUUAGUUUGCUCCUAGCACAACACACUGGUGAAACGCCAUAAGUGUAUGUACAAGUACAAGUUACACUACUCAUGUCAAGUUCAUGUCUUGAUUGUAAAUGUACUUGUGUAACAUUUUAGCUUCUGUACUGUAGAUAGUCUUUCUCAAGAACUGACAAUGUGAAUGGAAAUGAAUAAAUUUACUCGAAACACUAUUUUGCUGGCAUUUU